AUGCCGCGCGAGAGCUAUCCGGCGCCUCCUGCGGCUGCAGCUGGCGAAGACCCUCCGCAGCUGAACGGCCUGUCGGCGGCGAGUAAGGCGCGGAGUGCAGAGGGCUGCGACGGGCUGGCGGCAGCGCCGGUCUACUUGAACAGACUCGAUCUCGGCGGCGGAGCCUCGUCUGAAGAACCCCGCGACCCAGAGGGCGCGAGCUGCGCCGAUAGCGAAGGAGGAGACACCCAGCGCGCGCGCCGGGACUUUGCCGCAUACGCCCCGCUCAAGUUGCAAGUCAUCGAUGCUUUUUGGAGAUGCUUCACCUCUGAGCAAAACGACCUCGCGCUGGCCGCGGUUCACGCCCUCGGCACGAUUGCGAGAACGUCGCGGGCGACGUCAGUUUUCCAGCUUUUUGUUCACCUGCGGGCGGCCAGCGACGCGCUGGAGGUCUACGCGAGGCGCCGUGACGUCUUGCUCUACGUGAGCCAACUGACGAGUAUUAAGCGCCUCACGACGCUGCCCCUGCGGUCAGCCUGUCUGCUGUACCAGCAGUUCGGCCUCCGCCACCACCAGCGCCGCCCAGACAUUACGCUGGAGGAACUCCGAGAACUUCUUGUCGCUCAGUCGUCCAAGUUCGCCUCGCGCAUUCUUCAGAGCAAACAGACCAUCGCGGACAUCAGUCAGAUUAUGUUUACGAAAGAUCAAAUGGUCGUGCUCACGCACGGGCGUUCGUCGUGCGUUGAGAAGCUGCUGAAGGACGCAUGGGAAAAGCACAAAAAACGCUUUUCUGUCAUCGUCACGCGCCACGAAGAAAAGCCAGGGGACUUUGUCACAGCAGACGUAGAAGUCUUGAUGGAGAGCAUCAACUCCAUAGGCAUUCCGGUCGUCGCGACUUCGGUCUGCUCCAUCGGGCGCCUCAUGGCGAGAGUCGAUCUCGUCGUCGUCGGCGCCGAGGCCGUCGCGGAAAACGGUGGCAUUGUGAACCGCGUUGGAACUGCGACGAUCGCGAUGGUGGCGCGGCAGCAUUGCGUGCCAUUUUACGUCGCCUGCGAGGCCUGUAAAUUCACUCGCAUGCACGUUUUCCAGCGCGACGAUUCGCGGCGCUCUGCGGUCUUUACGAAGACGACAAAGCCGGAGAACGUUCAUCUCAACAUGCCCAUUCCGACGGACUAUCUAGAGUACCUGGACUACACGGAGCCCGAGUUGAUUUCUCUGCUCUUCACAGAUCUGGGGAUCUUUGCGCCGCGUAACGUGUCGGAUGAACUGACGAAACUUUACGAGUCGUCUUAG